AAAGCGGCUCUAACAGUGUCAGUGCACAUACGAUUCUGAGCAUUUUUGAGUUGAAAUUUUCAUACUUUUUACACCUUUAUUCUGUUCACAAAUAAAAUGAAGUUGUUUCUCUUACUUUUUGCUUUAUUUUUCGUAAUUUCGGACUUUUCUGGAAAAUUUGGUUUUGGUGUAGAGGCAAUUAUUGACGGCGAAUUGGUUAAGGAUAUAACUCAACACAAAUACGUAACGGGAAUUCUAAUAAAUAAAAAAGUAAACCGGUCAAUUUUCAGAUUCUAUGGAUGCACGGGGGUUAUUGUGUCGAAAUAUAAAAUUCUAACAGCCGCUCAUUGUUUAUUUGGAAGAAGUUCUCUCACAUUGGCAUUUGGGUCGGUCGACCUGAGCAAUAGCAGUUAUGCUGUUGUUGUAACUUCCGAAGAUUUUACAACAUAUCCAGGAUAUGUUGAUGAACUGAACAAGCAUGAUAUCGGUGUGAUUGAAUUAAAAGAGCCACUACCAUUCGGCAAAACAAUCGGUAGAAUCGAAAUGGUUGAAAAAGACUAUAUUCCGGACUCAUCUUUUCAUAACGCCGAUGUAGUAACUAUAUUAGGUUAUACCGAAUCAUCUGAGGCAAUUGGCAGAAAAUGUACACCAAGUAAAUUGCGAUGGGUUCAAUCAAUGGUUCAUAGGUUUGAUACAUGUAAAUCCAUGUAUGCCGCGGCAAAACCAGAUGAACCACUCUUGAAUCUACGAAAAGAGUUUUGCAUCUGUUUAGAGUUUGGAUCUAAGCAUGUUACAAAUUCAGGUGACUCGGGCGGUCCGGUUAUUAUUGAAGAUAAAUUUGGCAAUAAAAAGCUUCUUGGCCUCACAACCUAUGAUCAUGGUGAUCUGCCAGAGGUCUGUACGCUCGUGAGCGGAUACAGGAAUUUUAUAGCAAAUCCAAAGUUAUUCGUGCAAAAAUACUACGAACGCGCUUCAAAAGCGAUGAAUUAAAAAAACUUCAGCAGAGAUUGGCAAGCUGGACAAAAGCAUUUAUCUAUAUGCGCAUAUUUUCACUUUUGGCACUGACAUUGUAUCAAACCAUUGUAAAAUAACGACAAAAAAAAUGAUUUUUUUAUAUAAAUAAAGUAAAUAUGUGUAUUUAUUGAA